CACGCUCACUCCCUCCCUCAAACACGGGCAAAGCGGGGUUGGGGGGCGGGAGGGCAGGGAUCCUCUCUGGACUGGUAUCGCGCCAUAGUGCUGGAGGGGGAGGGAAGGGGAGGAAAAUACUGGCGCCCCUUCUCUCCUCCGCCGCCUUGAAGUAGACUUGAGGCGCUGCCCUUCCUCCCCCCCCCUCCCCCUUUCCCACUGGUCCUUUGGCAUCUUCCAGACCAUGUCCACUGGGUCCCUCAGUGAUGUGGAAGAUCUGCAGGAGGUGGAGAUGCUGGAGUGCGAUGGCCUGAAAAUGGAUACUAACAAAGAGUUUGGGGCGUCCACCGAGAGCAACGAGGAGGGAUCCAAUGGCGAGAAUGGCUCCCCUCAGAAGGGGAGAGGGGCCUCGGGCAAGAGGAAAAAGGCUCCCCCCAAGAAGAGCCCUUUAAAUGGAGUGAGCCAGGAGGGAAAGCAGGUCCAGAGAAACGCUGCCAACGCCAGGGAGAGGGCGAGGAUGAGGGUCCUUAGCAAAGCCUUCUCCAGGCUUAAGACCACCCUGCCCUGGGUGCCCCCAGACACCAAGCUUUCCAAACUGGACACCUUGAGGCUGGCCUCUAGCUACAUCGCUCACCUGAGGCAGAUCCUGGCCAAUGACAAGUACGAGAACGGCUACAUCCACCCAGUCAACCUGGUAAGUCACGGCCCGCCGGGGCCAGGCACUCUGCGUGCGUGUGCAUGGCGAGAGGCAGGCGAAGAGCUGGGAUGGGGCAGCGGUGUAAUGUUCGUUUCCGACGCCCGGGCUCGGCGGGGGAAGGCCCGCGCCUCCGCCGGCCUCCGCCGCUCCGCCGGCAGCCCGCCUCUCGCCCCGGGCCGGGACCCGCAGAUACGGAGCAAAUCCCCGGGGCAGGGGGUGGCUGCGCCCGUAGCCCGUCUUCGCCGCGGGAGCCCGGCCCGGCCCCGCCGCCCGGGCGCUGCGGGAGCCGCCCCCGCCGCCCCGCACCGCUCCGGGGGGACGGGAGCAGUUGGCUAUUGA